UCCCGAGGCGGGGGCGGGCCGUGUGCGGCGGCGUUUGGCGGAAGGGUCGCGCCUCAGCGGGGAGCGUUUGCGCCUCUUCCAGGGCGUUUCGGCGGUCCCCGGCGGGGCGCGGCGCGGCGCGGGCUGUGCGGUAAGGUGGCGGAGGGCUGAGGCGACGUGAGGGCGCCGUUGGACAGGCGGCAGGUCAGCGCGGGGCGCCUCGACUCGUGGCGAUUUCUGGGGCACUUCGGCCGUUUUCUGAACGGGAACGGCAUCCUGGAGCUGGAGUAGGAAGAGUAAAGGUCUGAACAAAUCAUAGAUCAUGGCCUCCGACGCUAGUCAUAUGCUUGAAGCAGCUUUGGAGCAGAUGGAUGACAUCAUUGCAGGUACAAAGUCAGCUACAGAGUAUGCCAAUGGUGGCUAUGAUAUUGUGUCGCCUGCUCCAUCAGUAUACUUGGGCACACUUCAAAUUUUGCAUCUCUUGGAAGAUCUAAAGAUAGCAUUGGAAAUGUUGGAGGAUCCUCAAGAGAAAGAAGCAUUGCGAAGUCAAAUUCCAGGGGCCACAGCAAUGUGUAUACGGGAGUGGUUUGAAGAGAACCUGUCACAGGUGAAUCUUCAUUCUUCUAUGAAUAAUGAAACCUAUCAAGAGAGAUUGGCACGAUUAGAAGGUGAUAAAGAGUCGCUCAUACUGCAGGUGAGUGUCCUCACGGACCAGGUGGAAGCUCAAGGAGAGAAAAUUCGGGACUUAGAAAUCUGUCUUGAGGGGCAUCAGUUGAAACUGAAUGCUACAGAAGAAAUGCUGCAACAGGAGUUGCUAAGUCGAACAUCAUUAGAGACUCAGAAAUUAGAUCUAAUGGCUGAAGUUUCAGACCUGAAGAUUAAGCUGGUUGGUAUGGAAAAGGAGCAGAGUGAAUAUGAAGAGAAACAGAACAAAGCUGAGAGUUUGCUACAGGAACUUAGACACCUCAAAAUUAAAGUAGAAGAACUGGAAAAUGAAAGAAAUCAGUAUGAGUGGAAAUUGAAAGCAACCAAAGCUGAGAUAGCCCAGCUUCAAGAACAGUUAGCUCUCAAAGAUGCAGAAAUUGAACGCUUACAGAGUCAGCUAUCCAGGAUGUCAACACAUAAUGAAGUUGCGGAAAAAGAGGAAGUUUAUAGGAGAAGGCUAAAAGAAAAACAUCAAGAAGUUCAGCGCUUGAAGAUAGGAAUGGAAACCUUACUGGCUGCAAAUGAAGAAAAGGACCGUCGGAUAGAGGAGUUAACACUACUGCUAAGCCAGUACAGGAGGGUCAAGGAGAUCAUGCUUGCAGCUCAUGGCUCUUCAGACAGAAUUGUCUCUGGUGGCAGCGAAGAGGAACUUGAGACAACUUUAAGGAAGUGGAGUCUUUUGACUAAUCCUCAAGGAGAAUUAUUUAAAACAGAGGCCUCUUCGGGAGAAUUGUCACCGGCUAUGCUAUCUCCAGUGCCACACAAAACUAUGGAAAUCAGUGGAAGCAUUCCAGUAUCUUCAGCUAAUCUAAUCUCUCCACAAGAGGAAUCCUUGGAAAACAGAAGUAGGGUUCCGCAGAAAAAAAAGUCAAGUAGUCUAGAAGAGUUGCAGAGUGAAUCCCUGGAAAAGUAUGUAGACGGAAAUCCAGUACAGCCUGUUGUAGAACAAGAGAAUAAGCCACUUGUGAAAGGCAGCAAAUAUCAAACCUUGCCGGGAAAGCUGCCUCGACCCGCACACAACGGAGAGCAGGGAGUGUACAGCACAUCCAACUCAACAGAUGUCUGUGGCCUGAACGACGAGGACAACAGUGCCCUGAGCCUGCGAGAAACAGAGACUAUGGAUGGUACAGUAGUUUCAGAAGACCUUUCACCUCUUUCUUCGGGCACGGAUUCAGGUCCCCAAUCUCCGCUGUCUCCGGAAAACAGGAAGAGUCCAAAAGGGAUCAAGAAAAUCUGGGGAAAAAUUAGGAGAACUCAGUCAGGUAACUUCCCUGCAGACGAUCUGGGUUUGGCAGAGUUUCGAAGAGGUGGUCUCCGUGCAACAGCUGGCCCUCGCUUAUCCAGAUCAAAGGAAACAAAAGGACAGAAAAGUGACUACAAUGCUCCGUUUGCUCAGUGGGGCACUGAAAGAGUUUGUAACUGGCUUGAGGACUUUGGUCUCGGUCAGUACGUCAUUUUUGCACGGCAGUGGGUGAGUUCAGGCCAUACACUGUUAACUGCAACACCUCAGGACAUGGAAAAGGAAAUGGGAAUAAAGCAUCCACUGCACAGGAAGAAAUUAGUUUUGGCAAUUAAAUCAAUAAAUGCAAAACAAGAUGAGAAGUCUGCACAACUAGAUCAUAUCUGGGUGACACGAUGGCUUGAUGAUAUUGGUUUACCUCAGUACAAAGACCAGUUCCAUGAGUCCAGAGUUGAUGGGAGAAUGUUGCAGUACUUAACUGUGAAUGACCUCCUCUUUCUGAAAGUCACCAGUCAGCUGCAUCAUCUGAGUAUUAAAUGUGCCAUUCAUGUGCUGCAUGUCAACAGUUUUAACCCCCAUUGUCUACGCAGGAGACCGGUUGAUGAGAAUAACGUUUCACCUUCUGAAGUAGUUCAGUGGUCCAAUCACAGAGUGAUGGAAUGGCUCAGAUCAGUUGAUCUGGCAGAAUAUGCACCAAAUCUUCGAGGAAGCGGAGUGCAUGGUGGCCUCAUUAUUCUCGAACCUCGCUUCAACGGAGACACACUAGCAAUGCUGCUAAACAUUCCACCUCAAAAGACCCUACUGCGACGCCACCUAACCACCAAUUUUAAUGUAUUAAUUGGACCAGAGGCACAACAAGAGAAGAGAGAAAUAAUGGAGUCAACAGCAUACACACCUCUGACCACCACUGCCAAAGUUCGGCCAAAGAAACUUGGAUUUUCACAUUUUGGAAACUUAAGAAAAAAGAAAUUUGAUGAAUCAACAGACUACAUUUGUCCUAUGGAUACAAAUCCAGGUGCUACCAACGGUACUCAAAAGAACUAUGGUGGAUACAAAGGACUUAGUCCAUUCACUGAUAGGGAAUUGGAUAAACUGGAUCAGAUGGAACAUUCAGAAGGCACAGUAAUGCAAAUAGGGGCUCUUUCUCAAGGCAUAAACAAUCUUACGAAUAUGUUAAGCCAAGAUGAAAUGCUGAAUGACAGCAGAUUUUUAACACCUACUUUUGAAGACUGGAGAUGAUGUUUCAACAUGACCAACAACACUAAUACCUCAUGCCUGUCCAGAGGGGUGGCCCGGAGAAGCUUGAUGCUGUGGUGCAGAAAAGCUUUAGCUCUUUUCAGCCAAUGAGACUUACCAUAUAGCAUCUAAUAUUGCUAAUGUAGCAACACUUUACAGGUAACUCUCCUGCACGCAGUUUUCCUCAUUAUGUAAUGCAAAAUGGUGUUAGGAAAGAAAAGUGGUGCAAAAUUGUUUCCUAUCCAGAGUCUGGAAAACCAAGAAUGGCAAAAUAUUUUACCCUUUUAUUUCAUCUUCUUUUACAUGGUAUGUUUAUGUACUGUUAUAUGAAAGGUCUUUUCUAAUUUUGUAUUUUUGUAAUUAACUUUCAGUGCAGGAAUCAUUAAUAUUCCAUUGUACCAUGUAGGCUAUCUGAACCACUUAGAAAUUCAGACAGGUGCUAGGGAGUGCAGCUGUAACCGUUUACUAAACUGUUACUGCUGUCUGGCCAGAGACUCUUUCCCAUAAAAGGAUUUUAAUUUUGCAUCCCUUUCAUUAUUAGCACAUGUCCUGCCCUCUUUUUCUCUGAGUGCAGUGUACAGAAUAUUCAUCAAGCCCUUGAUUUUAUCAGGAAGGGGAUGACAAUCAUGUUCACAGAUUGUUACCCAACUCAAAAGGCAAAAGGUACUGAACAAAUGCAACAGGAAGCGUCAUGUUAAUUACAGAACUACCUGGAAAACUGAUGGACCCCCAAAACUAGCUCUUCUUUGAAAGUGAAUUUUUUAAUUGUCAUUUUUAAAUGAGUACCAACAUGUUUGUGAUCAAGGAGCAACCGCAACACUCAGCUAACAUAAAAUGUGCCUUUAAAAUAUUGGAAUGGUGUUCACUGCUCUCCUGCGGAGUAAGCACAACAGAAUUUGCAGCAUGAUCAAUUAUUUAACUGUUAACAGUUCUUUCUUUAACCGGAACAACUGAAUAGGUUCUUUCUGUACUUUAACAUUUUGUCUAAAAUGGCUUGUACUAAGGCACACAUACCAGUGUCAGGAUGCUCGUAUGAGCCUUCUGAACAGUCAAAACAGUUGAGAAAGUAUUCUGAGCCUAAUAUCUGGCUGGUAUGAAACAGCACACAGGUUCUCAGGAAGACAGGGAUGAUAAUUAGCCUGCUGUUUUUCCAUAGUUAUUACAAAUUAAACAUGACUACAAACAGCCUUCAGGACUGGAGAGACCAGUAGGAACACUCUGCAACUUUUGCAGGAGAACUGGGGAUGUUUUUGUAAAUAAUAUUGCUGUUACCCUUUCACUUCUCUUUCUCACUCCAGCUACAGAGUACCUGCUUUAUUUAGCAAUAGGAGACAUACUAUUGUGCUGUGAUGUGUAAAAUGUGACUAGGGAACAUCAGGCUACUACCUUACUGAAACAAAAGAUUAUGUUUCUUUUUGAAACACCCGCAAAAUACAUCUGCUGCUUGUCUACUGAGCUAGGCAGCACUGUAGUUCUCUAACAGGAGGAAAUACAGCCUGUGACUACUUACCUGGGGGAGUUUUUCAAGGGUGAAAGUGAUUCCUUUAUGGCAUCAAUCACUCAUGGCCUCGUUUGACAUGUGCUUGUCAAGUGUAUUAAUAAGGUACCAACAGCAUAUCUUAGUAAGUAGCAAAAAGCCAGAAAAAAAUCUGCCUGACUGUAAAGCAAAGAAUAAGUACGUAGAUAGCUGCUUUGCAUUAAAUCCCCCUUUCUGGCUGCAGGGUGUCAAUUUACAUAUUAAAAUAGCCCAAGGGCAGGUGGACUGCUAACCACAGCCCUUUCCAAUAGAUGGGAAAUCUCAGGUACUGUUCAGAGUAUGCAGUGAGGGCUCUUUGAGAGCUCUCAGCAGGACUUUUUAAAAAUACCUACCCCUCACUGUAUAAACCUUUCAUGACAGACCUUGCACUAUAAGAUCAGAUUUUAAAAGUUAAACACACGAUUUUUUUUGUGAUUUUUAUUGUCCAAAGAGUUAGAAUUAAGGCUUUUUUUUUUCCAGUCACUGGAAGAUGAAAUAGUAAUUGAAAAAUCCAAAGGAAUCGGAAAUCAGUCUAUACAUCAGCAGACUAAAAACAUUUACUAAAAGUUACUAAACAUACCAGUCAGUUACAUUGCCAAGCCAUCAAUGCAAUCACACUAGUUACCAGAUCACAUACUGUGGGCAUUUGAAAUGUUAAUUAGUCAAACAUUAGUUAAAAGUCAGGUUAAUUUAGCAGGGGACUUAUUUGAAGUACGAUAAAUACAAUAAGCUGCUGUGACUGGGACAACCUUCAUAGCACUGGGAUAUUCCAAGCAGAUUUGCAGAUUUCUUUUGAUGUCAUAUUUAUAACUCACUGUGUCAUUGUGCUAACUAACUUGGCUGUGAAUAUUCAGUCUAUACAAUUUUUGAUUUGUUCCUUGUUAUAUAGUAAGAAAUCUUAGCAUAACAGAAGAAUAAAAAAAUGCUUAAUUUUUUAACUGUUAAGAAUAAAUUCUGGAUGUUCCUCCA